UCUUUUUUGCUCUCAGCACUCUUUAAUUUCCCACCAUUGCGAAAAAGGUAGGGCAGUCUUAUGACAGAGAGGAAAAUGAUAAGAAGUUUCCCAUAAAGUGAAAAGGGUGAAGUCUUGCUCUUUAUUAAGCACUAGCAUUCUCACUAUAUACACAAAGCUGAGAAUUUGCCUGUUAGGCUUUACCAAUAUUCUUCAACAAUGUCUUACGCUUGGUCUUCCAAAGUUUGCAAGUAAGAUGUCUUUUUGAGUUUUAAAGGUGAAGAUACACGUAGAACCUUUGUGAGUCAUCUUUAUAAUGCUCUAGAACAUAGAGGUAUCCAUGCUUUCAAAGAGGAUGAGCGGUUGGAAAGGGGAAAAUCAAUUUCUGGUGAACUUUUAAAAGCCAUAGAAGAGGCCAGAUUCGCAAUCACGAUAUUUUCAAAAAGCUAUGCAUCCUGAAGAUGGUGCGUAGAGAAGCUUGCACACAUCAUAAAGUGCAAAAAUGAACUGGAACAGAUUGUGAUUCCUGUCUUCUAUGAUGUGAGUCCAUUAGAUGUGCGCCAUCAAAAUUCCCCUUUCGCUGAGUCAUUUUCCCAAUAUGAGGAAAAAUGCAAAGAUGAUAUGGAGAAGGUUCAAAGAUGGAGGGAUGCAUUUGCGGAAGCUGGGAAAAUAUCAGGGUGUCAUUUACAAAAUUUCAAGAUGAGGCAGAUUGCAUCAAGAAUCUAGUUGAUGACAUAUUUCCUGAGUCGCUUCAAGUUAUUUCACACUUUCCGGAAAGCUUGGUGGGUAUGAAAUCUCAGUUUGAGAAAGUAGCCUCAUUAUUAGACAUGGAAUCAAAUGAUGUCCUCUCUAUUGCGAUUUGAGGUAUGGGUGGCAUCGGCAAGACAGAAAUUGCAAGUGUUCUAUAUCAAAGAUACCGUCAUCGAUUUGAAGCUGAUUGUUUUCUUGGUGGUGUUGGAACUUUGUAUCUAAAAAAUGGACUAACAUGGCUAGCAGAAGUUGUCAUUUGCAAGCUCUUGGGUAAAAAUAUGACUCUAAUUAGUGAACACGAAGGGGUGAUUAUUUAUAAGAAUAUGCUUCGCCGGAAGAAAGUUUUGUUCAUUCUCGAUGAUAUAAACCAUCGAAAAGAAUUAGAAUUUUUAGUUGGAGGGACAAAGUGGUUUGGUAGGGGUAGCAGAAUUAUUUUAAUAGCAAGAGACAAGCACCUGUUGAUUAGUCAUGUAGGGGAUAACGUGUAUGAAGUCCAACUAUUACCUGAGGAUGAACCUCUUGAAUUGUUCAGUAGGCACGCUUUUAAAGAAAAAUCACCAAAGAAAGAUUUUAUGGAACUAUCAAGACAAGUGGUGGAGUAUGCUGGUGGACUCCCUCUAGCUCUUAAAGUUUUAGGUUAUUCUUUUUACAAACGAGACAAAGAGCAGUGGAGAGACAUAAUUGAUCGGUUGAAGAGAAUUCCUCACAAUGAUAUUCUAGGAAAGCUUAGGCUUAGUUUUGAUGGACUGGACAGAGGUGAAAAGGAAAUAUUUCUAUAUUUUACAUUUCUAUAUAUCGCAUGCUUGAGUAGAAAUGAUAUUGAACUUUAUAUGGAACUAGUACUUGAAAGUCGUGGUUUUCAAUUGAUAGGAGUAGUUUACCUUAUCAAAAAAUCUUUGUUAUCCAUCGACAUAAAUAAUAGAACCGUGAUGCAUGAUAUGAUAAGAGAAAUGGGUGAAACUAUCAUACGGGAAGAGUACGGUAACAGCAGAAUAUGGCUUCCCGAGGAGGUUCGUGACCUUUUCAAAGGGAAGUUGAUAACAGAAAAGGUGGAAAGCCUAUGUAUCCCAAAAGAAUACGAUUUUGAAGAUGAUCCUGUCAAUUAUUGCAAUAAUUUCAAGAGGAUGAAAAGCUUACAAGUACUCAUAAUUGGUGAUAGAGCUUUUAGCUAGGACUGCGGUAUCACUUAUCUUCCUUCCAGCUUGCGGUUUAUUGAGUAGCAGGGGUAUCCUUCAAGUUCAUUGCCAGAUAGAUUUGAACCAUCCCAGCUCAUUGUGCUUCAUUUAUAUAAAAGUCAGCUUGUUGAACUCUGGCCAAUAUAAAAGGUAUGGUGCUGUGCUUUAUUCUAUCUCUCCAACACAUCAAUAUUCCCUUUUUUUAUUUCCUAGUUUAAUUCACAUUAUCUAUUUAACUUACAUUUGAAAUGCUCCGAACAUCGACCAGCUCUCACAUUAGGGCUUACUUUUAAUGCUGUAGCAGGGGUAUUUUAGUGAAUCAAAAACUGGGUACAAUGUUGUAGACAUGUAGUAGGUUAGCAAGAUACAAUUUGUGUUAAGACAAUUGUUUGCUUUAAAAUAAUACUCCCUCUCAAUAUCCAUAUCAGCUACAUAUUUAAUGAGCAGAUUCGAAAGGCAAAACUUUUCCUACUCUCUUAAUUUAAAUGUAGUUUUCAUCGGAGAAUCAUUAUGUUUUAUAUUUUGUAUGAAAACAGAAAUUGAGCUACUUGAAGCAUUUGGAUCUCUGAUUCAGCCUUGGGUUAACAGAAACCCCUAACUUUGGUGAUAUGCCGAACUUGGAGACACUAAAUUUAUGGGGGUGUGAGAAUUUGGAAGAGGUCCAUCCCUCUCUUGGACAUUGCAAAAUUCUUACUUCUUUGAUUUUGACGGGUUGUGUCAAACUUAAGAAGCUUCUAAAAUUUGUUUCCAUGAGAUCUCUUGAGACUCUCAACCUUGACCAUGCACAAGUUUAUUAAAAUUUCCAAAACUCUAUGGAUAUAUGCGGCACUUAUCAACACUGAAGGUAGGAUCCCCUUGGAUAAGAAGCUUACCCUCGUCUCUCAGCAGCCUGAGCCAUUUGUAUCUGGAAGAAUGUGAAGUUCUUGAAAGUAUCUCGGAUCUCACUAUUCAAAAUCUUAGAGUCCUGGAGAUUUUCCUUUGCAAUAAACUUGUAACGCUGCCAAACAGCCUCGUUGAAUCAGAGCAAUUGGAGUAAUUUAAUAUUGGUCAUUAGUUCUUGAUUGGUAGAGUUCCUCAUAUCUAUUGGAGUUCAAAAGAAGCUUCAUUAUUUAAGCUUAUACCAAUUUGAUAACUUAAAGAAGCUUCCAAUCUCUAUUCAGAUGGAAUCCCUUGUAGAACUCGAGAUAUCUAAUUGCCUAAAAUUAGAUAUAUUUCCAGAAAUUAAUGGAGAUAUGCGUCGCUGGGAAGACUGCUCCUAAGAUCUACUGGGAUUAGAGAACUGCCUUCGUCCAUUGGGAAUCUGAGUGGCCUCAUUGAGCUCUAUUUGGAAGGUUGUGAAGAUCUUGUAAGUCUACCGAACAGCAACUAUAAUUUGAUGAAUCUUCAAAAUCUUUUCAUCUGCAGAUGCAAAAAGCUAGAGAAGCUUCCAGAAAACAUUGGUGAUCUGCAAGAGUUAGAGACACUUGAUGCAAGUGAAACUGCAAUGUCCCAACCACCUCCCUCCAUCACCAAGCUCGGAAAACUGAGGGAUUUAAGAUUCUGACAUGUUUUACACCAUCUGCAGCAUUCCUCAACUUCUGUUUUCCGUUAACUAUCAGCUGUAUCCUACUUAAAUCAUCUUCAUCUUAGUAAUCUCAAUAUCUUGGGUGUAGUUCUUGAGGAUUUAGGAUCUUUGCAGUAUUUAAAACAUUUGGAUGUUAGUGGAAGCAAUAUUUCUUGUACUUGCAUAAAAUCACUUAGCGCCUGUUUUCAAGUAAAACAAGUUGAUCAUAGUGGAACACCUUGCUUAAAGGGAGAUUGGAUGUAGGUCUUGCUGAACCAGUAUAAAAAUCUGAGUUUGAACAGCUCACUUUCUCUAUUUAUUGUUUAUUCUCU